AUGUCGUUGCCACUUGCAAGACAGUUGGCGACAUCAAAUAAAAGUCGGCUUUGGUGUAUCACCUCUCCUCAACGACCUCUCCUCUCAGCCUGGAGACGUUAUGCUUCUUCUGCCGUAGCUACAGCGACCGUUGACACUCACUCCACAACAACUGCACAACAGCAACCAAGUCAACACCUUAUCCUUCCAAACCCUUCGCUACCCUCAUUCCGCUACAAUUCACGUGUGCUUCCCUCCCAUUUGGCCGAACAGUUUGCGAUCUUGAAUGCUUGUAUUCGAUCGGGUGACAUGGGUCGUGCUGAACGAAUCAUGAAGGAGCUCCACCGCACCAAGAAUAAGGAAAUGAAGCUGUUUGCCGAUAUCCACUUGUACAAUGCCUUCCUCAAUGGCUUUGCAGAAGCAACUAUGCCUAUGGGUUCUGAAUGUCUUAUUUGGGUGGACAAUAUGAAGAGCUUUGGCUUAUCACCAGAUGUCAACACAUAUGCAAUUACCAUUAAGGCUUAUCUCAGGCAAGUGAUCAACAACUAUACCGCUGUACGUGCAUUACUUCGAGAGAUGCAAUCCGAGACGUCGUUUACGAUGCCAGAGCUUGUCAAAUCGAGCUUUUUGUCAGAGAAUGAUGUGACCCUCUUUCGCAAUCUUAUUCGCAAUACCCCACAAAACUCAUCCAGUGAGGUACAAUCCAUGCUUACUCAACUGGAAGCCGCCGUCGAUGGUGUCCAUCCCGAAUCUGCAUCCGUUGCCAAGGAAACAUCAGCAUCUCAUACAGCAUCACAACAAGCAGAAGCAUCAUCAUCAUCAUCAUCAACAACGGCAUCUCAAGAACCCAUCAUGGAGAAUAUACCAGAAGCACGUCCAACAAAAGCUGUGGGUGUUCAAUUUCUCCGAGAACAGCUGGCUGCAUUGCAGGAUCCUGUCAAGGCCGCCACAAUGGAUCCUUAUGAACUUCAAUAUGCAUUGGAGCAGCAAGGAUAUGAAGUCGCAAUGCAGCGAUUGGAGCAUAUGAAGAAGGAGAGUUUGGAACGUGGCGAUACAUUGCAAGCAAUGAAUUUGACACCUUUGAAAAGAACAAUGUGGGAUUGGCACCAAAAGACCGUUCCUUUGAUUAUUGAGGAAAUCGAGCGCUGUGAUGAGAUCAAAGGCCGUUCAAACCAUGAUCGUAAGACUUAUGGUCCAUUCCUCAAGUUACUCAAGCCUGAGACCUUGUCGAUGAUCACCAUGUUGGAAUUGCUGAGAUUGCACAACUCCUCGGGUAUCGCUGAUGGUAUGAAAACAGCUCGUGCAGUCAUCGAUGUGGGCAAGGCUGUCGAGAUGGAGUACAAUGCAAUGCAAAUCAAAAAGGCCUCUUCCAAACGCCUCAUCAAGAAUCAAGAAGUGCAUUCUCUCUUUGCUAGUGGCAAAUUAUUCAACAUGGCUGUACGACGUGCACACGUGGAUAUGAUGAAGCAGCAACAAAUGGGCAUUGGAAGCGAACUUAUCGAGUCAUCUGAAGGCGAUACUGGUACCACAGCAGAGACUGGUGAAUGGACACCUGUAUGGCCUAGCACCAUUCGUGCCAAGGUUGGCAGUGUAUUGACAAGCAUCUUUUUGGAUGCUGCCAAGAUCCCGGUACCUAGUUUCAAUCCUGAGACAGGUGAAAAGAUCAUGGAGAACAUUCCCGCAUUUUUCCACACGUAUCAAUACGUCAAGGGCAAACGUGUUGGUAUCAUCAAGUUUUCAGAACCACUCACCGAAUUGCUCUCUCGUGAGCCCGUACGUGACACACUCCAUCCACGUUUAAUGCCUAUGAUUGUGCAUCCUCGUCCUUGGUUGAGCUAUAAUUCGGGUGGCUACUUGACAGCAAAGUCCUCUUGUAUGCGUAUCAAGGAUUCUCCCGAACAGCUGGUGUAUUUGCACAAGGCAUCAGAAGAAGAUCGUCUUAAUGCCGUUUUGGCAGGAUUGGAUGUACUUGGCUCAACACGCUGGAGAGUCAACAAGGGCGUCUUUAAUGUCGUAUUGGAAGCAUGGAAUACUGGUGAAGCUAUUGCUGAUAUCCCACGUGCCAUUUCUGAACCCGAUCCAUUACCACCCAAGCCUGAGAAUUAUGAUACCGAUCCCAAGGCCAAGUUCCAUUGGGUCAACCUCGUCAAACGACAACAAACGGAUGAAAAGAACCGACACAGUUUACGUUGUGAUGUCAAUUAUAAGGUGGAGACAGCUCGAGCAUUUUUGAAUUUGCCCAUGUUCUUCCCUCACAACAUGGAUUUCAGAGGCCGUGCAUAUCCAAUUCCACCCACACUCAACCAUUUGGGCAACGAUUUAUGUCGUGGUUUGUUGAUGUUUGAUGAAGCCAAGCCGCUAGGCGAACGAGGUUGGAGAUGGCUCAAGAUCCAUUUGGCUAACUUGUAUGGUUACGACAAGCAUUCAUUCACUGAGCGUGAAGAAUUUACCAUGAAGAACCUCGAGAACGUGUUUGAUUCGGUUGACAACCCAUUGAAUGGAAAGCGUUGGUGGUUGAAGGCUGAUUCCCCAUGGCAAUGUCUUGCUGCAUGCUUUGAGAUUGCGGGUGCUAUACGUGGUGGCAAACCUGAGGAAUUUCUUUCAAGGAUACCCGUUCAUCAAGAUGGUACUUGUAACGGUCUUCAGCAUUAUGCAGCAUUGGGUGGUGAUAUGGCUGGUGCACAAGCUGUCAACUUAGCACCUGGUGAUCGACCUGCUGAUGUGUACACUGGUGUAGCUGAAAUGGUGAACAAGCUUGUGGAAAAGGAAGCUCAAGAAGGUGUUGAAGAGGCACAAAUGCUAUUGGGCAAGAUUAGCCGCAAGGUUGUCAAGCAAACGGUGAUGACCAACGUUUACGGUGUCACGUUUAUUGGUGCACGUUCACAAAUUGAGAGGCAACUCAAGGAGCGAGAUGACAUCCCAUCCGAUCAAGUAUAUAAUCUCGCUGGCUAUUUGGCCAAGAAGGUGUUUGCCUCCCUUGGUGAAAUGUUUAAUGGUGCUCGCAAGAUCCAAGAUUGGCUCACUGAUUCAGCUCGUCGUAUUGCCAAGAGCGUUCCUGCUGAAGCAUUGCAAGAAGCUGGUAUUUUACCAAAGACGGAUGGCACCAUGGAGGAUUCUACGAGCAAUCAAGAAAACAAUGGAUCACGCAAAUCGUCCAAAAAGCAACCAUUCUCGGCAAGAAACCCCACUUCCAACCAAAUGACAUCCGUGAUUUGGACAACACCUCUUGGUCUACCCAUUGUACAACCCUAUCGUCGAUCUGGCAAGAAGCAAGUAUCCACCUUGUUGCAAACCGUGUUUAUUGAGGAUCCAGAAGCAUCACGCCCUGUCAAUGCUCUCAAGCAAAGUACUGCUUUCCCACCCAAUUUCAUUCACUCGCUUGAUGCUACGCACAUGCUCAUGUCCGCUGUCGCUUGUCACGAGCGGGGUUUGACAUUUGCAUCUGUGCAUGACAGUUACUGGACCCAUGCACGUGAUGUGGAUGAAAUGAACAAGGUCAUUCGUGAUCAAUUUAUCGAGUUGCAUUCACAACCCAUUAUGGAGAACCUUGUCAAGGAGUUUAAGGAAAGAUACAAGAGCUACAAGAUUCCUGUUACCCGUGAGAUUACCAAGGAUGGUGAACGAAUCCUUGAAGAAGAUGACGAGACCUCUGAGCUUGAGUCCGUUGGAUUUGCUAAGGCACCCAUUGAAGAAUCGGCUGGUAAAACUGAGGAGCAGGCAAAUGAAGAGCGUGCUAUGAAUGCGCUAUUUGGUCUUGAAGAUGAGGAGACGCCCGUGGAUGAAGCUGAAUCCCUAAGUGAGGAGGCUCCCAAAAAGAAGAAAAAGACUACCACCACAAAGACAACCAAAAAGCGAGGAGUACGCAAAUACGAGCACACUUGGGAUGAUUUGAAAUUGAUGCCGCUUCCAGAAAAAGGCGAGUUUGAUAUCAACCAAGUCAAAAACAGCGAUUACUUUUUCCAUUAG